AUGAAGUGCAGAGCUGCCAACCGCUUCCCAGCGUUCUCCUUCAGCCUCAGCCGGCCCAGGCGUUCCCUUUCUGUCAGUUCCACUCACAAUAUCGACCUUGUGACCGUUCCCAAAGUAAAGGAGCACGGUCAGAACGUCACAGAGAAGGUCACCCAGGACUUUACAGCCAUCACAACCCUUGUUUUCUUACAGGCACUGUCGCUGGGUGCCAGUGUGCUGCCCGAGUACCAACUCCACACUCCCGAGAUCAAUAAGUGGAUCAUGCUGCACUACAGCCCCUUUAAAGCAGUCUGGGAUUGGAUCAUCCUGCUGCUGGUUCUCUACACCGCCGUCUUCACGCCUUACUCGGCCGCCUUCCUGCUCAACGAGCUGUCGAGGCAUCGGGGACGAACUUGCGGCUUCGCCUGCAACCCUCUGAACGUGGUGGACGGCAUCGUGGACGUUCUGUUCAUCGUGGACAUCGUGAUCAGCUUCCGAACCACGUACGUCAACCAGAACGACGAGGUGGUGACGCAUCCCAGGCGCAUCGCCAUCCACUACAUCAAAGGCUGGUUCCUGAUAGACAUGGUGGCCGCCUUUCCUUUCGAUCUGCUCAUCUUCAGAUCCGGCUCAGACGAGACAACAACCACUCUGAUUGGUCUGCUGAAGACGGCACGACUGCUGCGAUUGGUCCGCGUGGCGAGGAAGCUGGACAGAUACUCCGAGUACGGAGCUGCAGUCCUCUUAUUGCUGAUGUGUACGUUUGCGCUGAUCGCUCAUUGGCUGGCUUGUAUCUGGUACGCCAUCGGGCACGUCGAGAGACCCUACAUGAAGACCGGCUGGUUGGACAACCUGGCCGACCAGCUCGGGAAGCAAUAUAACGAAAGCGACGCCAGCUCAGGACCCUCCAUAAGAGACAUGUACGUCACCGCGCUCUACUUCACCUUCAGCAGCCUGACCAGUGUGGGGUUCGGAAACGUCUCGCCCAACACCAACUCGGAAAAGAUCUUCUCCAUCUGCGUCAUGCUCAUUGGCUCCCUCAUGUACGCCAGCAUAUUUGGAAACGUCUCAGCCAUCAUCCAGCGCCUGUAUUCUGGAACCACACGCUACCACACGCAGUUACUGAGGGUCAAAGAGUUCAUCCGCUUCCAUCAGAUACCUGGAGGUCUGAGGCAGAGGCUCGAGGAGUACUUCCAGCACGCGUGGUCCUACACCAACGGCAUUGACAUGAACGCAGUUCUGAAGGGCUUUCCUGAAUGCCUCCAGGCCGACAUCUGUCUGCACCUGAAUCGCAACCUGCUGCAGAACUGCAAGGCUUUUAAAGGCGCCAGCAAAGCCUGUCUGAGGGCACUCGCCAUGCGCUUCAAGACCAUCCACUCACCGCCAGGAGAUACGCUCUAUAACUGCGGUGAUAUCCUCACCACCCUGUACUUUAUCUCCAAUGGGUCCAUUCAGGUCUCCUGCAGCGAGGUGGUGCUUGCUAUACUCGGCAAGAACGACAUCUUCGGCGAGUCCAUUCACCUGUACGCGGAGCCUGGCCACUGCAACGCUGACGUCAGGACGCUCACCUACUGUGACCUCCACAGAAUCCAGAUAGACGACCUCCUGGAAGUUCUGGAUAUGUACCCGGCCUUUGCUGAGAGCUUCUGGAGGAACCUGGAGAUCACCUUCAACCUUAGAGAAGCGGAUCCAGUUCUCCACAUGCUACACGCUGAAGAUACCAGCAGCCAUUAUCAUGCCAGUCAGCCACGACGCCACAGAACCUCGCUAGACAGACGCAACAGGCCAGACGGGAUGGAUCAAGAAGAUUCCUAUCCGGUUCAGACCUGUACAGGCCCGAGUCGUCACGUCUGCGCCGGCACUCUGACCCACUGGGACGACCUGUGUAGCUGCAGUUCUUCAAAGUCUCAGUCUAGUGAGAACCUCAACAAGCCUCCCCUCACCCGCGGCCAGGUCUACACUCCUGAAGGAGACCCCCAGGACCACCCUCCGUCCGUCGUACGCCUGAUUCCGCCCUGCAACAAAUCAGGGGUGGGUAUGGAGCCCGGUCUGGACAGAGGAGCUCAUAUCCCAGGACUCUACAGCUACUGGCCUGAUCGCUGGUCCACGCAGUAUGCAGAGCACUCACGCCAUAGUUCUUCGGUCCAAGCCUCGUACCAUCCGCCUCCUUUUGCAGAAGAGCAUCCAAGUAAUCUGGAGUCCAGGCUGGAGUUACUGCAGAGCCAGCUCAACAGGCUUGAGGCGAGGAUGACUGCAGACAUCAACGUGAUCCUCCAGCUUCUCCAGAGACAGCUGACCCCUGUACCCCCUGCAUACAGCUCCGUGUCACCAUGCACCCCCUGCCCAGACCCCUCCAUCCUGUAUGGAACGAGUGCACCAAUGUUGUACAACCUGUACCCCAUCCAACUGGAGAGCAGGACCUCGAUCAUUCAGAGCCCCGCCCGGCCUGAUUCGGACUUUAAAACAAAGUCGUCUGGCUCUCAGAUCAGCUCCAUCCAGGUGACGGUGGUGGCAGAUAAACACGAGGAUGGUGCGAGAUACCUCAGGUCAGAGACGAAGCCUCCAGUGAACCACGCCCUCCUGUCGGCUACCAGCGUCACGGAUUCAACGCGGCUUCACGCUUCACUCAGUUUCUCCUCACUGCCGGGAAAUCUCGACGCUUCGACUCACCCGGCGGAGAUUCACAAACACGUUUCCGACCCGGUCUUAUCCAUCAAGCAGUGA